GAUUUACAAGUGCAGGCUAGUCCCAUACAGCACUAGAACUCUGAGCGUGAUAACUCACAAGCCAGUGAACUCACACAGUCUAGGAAAGCCUGCUCUUGAGGUUUUGAAGAUGUUGGGCUACCUGUCCUUUUUAUCAACACAGACGUGGACGCUGCUCCUGCUGUUCCUGGGACUGCUGUUGGUGUAUGGAUACUGGCCUUAUGGAAUCUUCAAGAAGUUGGGGGUCCCUGGUCCAAAGCCAGUGCUGUUUUUUGGAAAUAUGCUCAACUACAAAAAGCGCUUUCUCUUACUUUAGGGAUUCUACAAUUUUGACAUGGAAUGUUUCCGGAAGUAUGGCAAGAUGUGGGGAAUUUUUGAUGGGCGGCAGCCUGUUCUUACCAUCAUGGACACAGAGUUGAUCAAAACCGUCCUGGUCAAAGAAUGCUACUCAUAUUUCACCAACAGACGGAAUUUCCGCCUUAAUGGCCCAAUGUAUGACGCUGUGUCCAUAGCCGAGGAUGAAGACUGGAGAAGAAUCCGUAGUGUGCUGUCUCCAUCUUUCACCAGUGGCCGCCUGAAGGAGAUGUUUGGGAUCAUGAAGACCCACUCACGUAACCUGGUGAACAGCAUGAAGAAGGAUGCAGAUCUGGGCAGGCCAUCAGACAUUAAAGAGUACUUUGGUGCUUACAGCAUGGAUGUGGUGACCAGCACUUCUUUCAGUGUGGACAUCGACUCCCUCAACAACCCCAAAGACCCCUUUGUCACCAACAUCAAGAAAAUGCUGAAGUUUGACCUGUUGAAUCCAGUCUUCCUGAUUAUUGCUUUCUUCCCCUUCAUGGCGCCCGUCUUUGAGAAAAUGAAUUUUUCUUUCUUCCCCUUGUCUGUGACGGACUUCUUCUAUGCUGCACUGCAGACCAUAAAGUCUCAGAGGGAAGAAGUUAACUCUCACCAGAGUCGAGUGGACUUCCUACAACUGAUGAUAGACUCCCAGGCCCCUGAGAAAGAAGAGAAUGGAACUGGAGAUCACAAAGGACUGAGUGAUCAUGAGAUUCUGUCUCAAGCGAUGAUCUUCAUCUUUGCUGGCUACGAGACCAGCAGUUCUACUAUGAAUUUCCUGCUCUACAAUCUGGCCACAAACCCAGAUACCCUGAAGAAGCUCCACGAUGAGAUUGAUGAAGUCUUCUCAGACAAGCCUGUCCAGUAUGAAGCCCUGAUGCAGAUGGAGUAUCUGGACUGUGUGAUAAAUGAGUCGCUGCGUCUGUACCCGCCUGCUGCUCGCCUCGAGAGAGUCUGCAAGAAGACCGUGGACGUCGGUGGUGUCAUCAUCCCUAAGGAUAUCGUUGUCAUGGUGCCCACCUACGCUCUUCACAGAGACCCGGAAAUCUGGACCGACCCCGAGACCUUCAAUCCAGAGAGGUUCAAUAAGGAGAACAAGGAGAGCAUUGACCCGUACUCUUACAUGCCGUUCGGACUCGGCCCCAGGAACUGCAUCGGGAUGCGCUUCGCUCUCAUCAGCAUUAAGCUGGCCAUCGUGGAGCUGCUGCAGAGAUUCACCAUCAGCACCUGUGCUGAGACGGAGAUUCCAGUGGAGUUGGACGUCUUGGGCCUAAUGGCACCUAAGAGACCCAUCAAGCUGCAGCUGUCUCCUCGGUCAUCUGGGGCACAGCUGACUCCCCGAGGCUGAGCGUCCACUUGCACUGGACACCAGGGGUGCCAAUGAUGCACGAUAUGAUCCGCACAUGCAGAAAACAUUGAUUUGAUUUGUUUUCCCUUUGUUUGUGUUCUGCACUUUGUAUGUUUCUUAUUUGAUAAGUAACAAUUAUUCACGUCAUUAUAAUUCACAUACAUUACAGACCUUCAGUGCCUGAAACAGCACACCACCAUAUGUGCAUGCUUCAUGGCCCACCUUGCUUUCUAAAACGCAUUGUCAUGUAAGUAACUGUGACAUCUAUUUUACAGGUGUUUUCAAUAUGGGAUGUAUGAAUUUGAAAUGGCCUUUGCUUUACAGUAGAUCGUUCCUCUAUCUUGUUGCUGUGAUUUGCUUAAGGAGGAUGAUGAUGCUGGAGUUGUAAAUGCACUUAUCUUGGCAGACACUGUUAAGAGAACUCAAGCUACCAGUUAUCAGUAGCCUGGCAAUCUGUCCUCUUGCACUGCAGCAGACACACCUCAGUGAACAUCUUGGCCUCAACAGGGAACUUGUUUUAUUCAUGUAGAAAAAUGAAGAAGAGAAAUGCAUGUAUAGUCCACUUCUGUAUUAAAGUAACUUAACGUAGUUGAGGAAAAUUAGCUAAAUCAAUGUAUAAACCUCUGUACCACAGUACCGCUCUGUUUUCAUCUAUGUAUCUGAGUGAUUUCUUGUCAGAAAUGUACUGUUUAAUGUUUGUGUGUGUGUGUGUGUGUGUGUGUGUGUGUGUGUGUGUGUGUGUGUGUGUGUGUGAGAAAUACAUUGACUUUCCCUCGGCAGAUUUUGUGUAUAUUCACUUAUUUUUCCUUUCUUGUCGAAUAAUCUACUGCGUGGUGGUUUAAAGGUGAGGUCUAUGACUACAUGGUUUAAAGGUGAGGUGUAUGACUGCAUGGUUUAAAGGUGAGGUCUUUGAUCCUGGUGAGAGGUGAUGGAUGUUUGAGCUCAAUGGCCAAUCAAAGGCACCAUCAACCCACUCCCUCUGUUGAAACCACGUACUCAUGUCAUUAUUUUUAAAUGAGUAAAAAGAUGUUGAUGUUGUAAAAGUAACAUUAAAUAAACUUUCAAUGAGUAA